UCUAUUUAAAGUUCAAAGCAGCGCUUGAAAACAAUAAGAAAGAGGGAAGUGUGGCCCUAUCUAAGCCAUUCGACAGGAAUAAUGGCUGUAAAAGAGGCCACAUCCACAUUACCUCACCUUUUGGUCCCCAUUCUUCUCCUGAUUGGAUGGAUUGUAGGCUGCAUCAUAGUGAUUUAUGUUGUCUUCUCCUAGACAGACAAGAAGACAUCAGAUUGACACCAUUCAGAAGAACUAAGAAAAAUUUGAACAUGACUGAUUAUUAAAUGUCUCAUGCUAAAGCACUGCAUUGUUUCAUAAUAUUUUAUAAGUUGGAGAUUUGGUUUGCAA